UCAGCUUUUACCUCAGAAGUCAUAAUGCAUGGGGCCACCUGUUUUAGUCAAUGUAUCUCGGCUCUAUCUUAUCACUCAGCAUCCUUAUCAGUAUUCAGUUAGUACUACUCCGACACCGCUUGCGCUGCGUCUCGCUAUGAUAAUUUAGUCAAGAGCAAGCAGCUGUGAUGUGGGUUUGCGCUAGCUGGUGAUAAAUGGGGAAGUUCUGCGGCGCGCUGACCAGGCGGCGAACCUACAGCUCCGAACGAGUCAAUAAUGGAGACCUAAAAAGAUGUCUCUCGCUAUGGGAGCUGGUAUCGCUGGGCGUGGGCAGCUCCGCGGGCGUGGGCGCCUUCGUGGUGCUGGGCGGCGCCGCCAUGUCCACUGCUGGGCCGUCAGUCGUCAUGUCGUACCUGCUCGCUGCCGUCGCUGCGCUGUUUGCUGGUCUAUGCUACGGCGAGUGGUCGUCGCGGCUGCCGCUGGCAGGGUCGGCGUACAGCUACGCGCAUGUGGCCCUCGGCGAGUUCGUCGCGUUUGUCGUCGGCUGGUGCCUCAUACUGGAGGGACUGUUUGGAGCAGCGAGCCUGGCGCGCGGGCUGAGCAUGUUCGUGGACUCCCUCUCUAACCACACCAUGUCGGCGUGGUUCGAGUCCUUCGCUCCCAUCGCUGUGGCACCGUUCUCGCAGUACUUUGACUUCCUGGCGUUCUUUGUGGUAUUGCUUAUGGGUGGUAUCUUGUGCAUCGGUGUGCGACGGUCGACAAUGAUCAACCACGUGUUCACGGGAAUCACCAUCGUUAUUAUUUUCUUUGUUAUCAUCGCUGGAUCGUUUAAAGCGGACUACAGCAACUGGACCCUGUCCCCUACAAAUGUGACUGCGGGGAACGGAGGAUUCUUCCCCUACGGCGUGUGGGGUACGGUGAAAGGAGCUGCGGUGUGCUUCUACGGCUUUGUCGGCUUCGAUCUCCUGACAUUUGCUGCUGAAGAGGUACGGGAGCCACGGCGGUCCAUACCCAUCGCGAUUCUGUGCGUGAUAGGCGUGUUGCUGCUUCUGUAUAUCAGCACAUCGACUGUCGUCACCAUGAUGGUGCCUUAUUACUUGCAGGACAAACUGUCAACAGUAACGACAGCAUUUACCUACGUGGGUAUGGAGUGGGCCAUGUGGAUUGCCGCAGUCGGCCUCAUUUUUGGGAUAUUGGCCAGUUUAUUCGGCAGCAUGUUCCCUAUCCCCCGCAUCCUGUACGCGAUGGCGAGUGAUGGCCUGCUGUGCCCGUGCUUGGCCACCGUCAGCACGUCGCAGCAGACGCUUAUCUUCGCGACUGUACUGCCUACUGUUAUUAUUGCUCUGUUGGGAGCCAUGCUGGACUUGGGCGACUUGAUCAUGAUGAUGUGUCUUGGCACUCUACUGGCCUACAGUGUCGUUGCCGCUUGCGUUGUUGUAUCAAGAUAUCGUUCAAAAUUCGACGUAGCUGGUUCGGGAUAUUGGAAGCACAUGAUUGGAUGUGGAGAGAAGCUGCCAUGCAAAACUACUACAAACAUCAUUCUCAUUAAUCUAUUGUUAUUUGUCGCGUUUUGCAUCGCCAUUGGACUGAUAAUACGGUUGGCGGGGAGCCCCCUGAUAUACGUGAUAGUAUUGCAUCUGCUGGCGGUGUUGACGGUGGUGAGCAUGACCCUGCAGCCGAAGAUACAAGAGGAGGUCGCGUUUAAGACUCCCCUUGUCCCGAUAAUUCCGUGCAUCAGCAUUUACCUGAACAUCCAGCUUAUGGUUCAUCUCAACUUACAGACCUGGAUACGUGUUUUAAUUUGGAUUGCAAUCGGUCUACCAGUUUACUUAAUAUGCAUGUGCUGCUUUAGAGAGAAAGAAAAAGACCACGAUAACCUUGAGAAUAAUCUGAAACAGUCUUCUCAAGUGAACGGAAAGCCGCCGGUACAAAUUUAUGUUGAAUCACCGACUCCUCCUGGUACUACUAAAGGUAGUAUUAGUGGAGGUGACAAAAUAACACAUAAUCCUAUUAUUGAAGAAAUAACCGUGGACACUGGGCAUGAUACUUUAAAGCAGCCUAUCGUUACUGAAGAAAUAAUUGUACAGCACGCGUUUGUUGAAAAUAAUGCUGAAAAGGAAGCAAAAAUUAUAGACUUGCUCGAUCAAGUUUUGCAGGCCGAAGAAGAUUCCUACGGAGAAAUAAUCAGUUUAAAAGAUAAGAAGGACGAAGACGUCGUAUCAUUAACGGAUGAACCAGUUUUGCACAGGAAGUCUUUAAGCGAGCUAUCAGACGCAGGUUCGGAUGCAUCUUUGGGUAAUCUGGUAUUAUCUAAAUACGAUGUAGUGGCACAGGUACACAGGGAAGACUUACCAAUGCUUACUGAGGAAGAUGAGAAAAACGAUAUUGAGAAAAAAGAAAUUGCUGAAGAAAUUACGGACCACGAAGACGUUACCGCCUUCAAUGACAGUGAUUCUAGAACUGACGAGUCUGGCUACUCAGAUACGAUAGACAAAACAGGGUUGAAUGAAUCUAUUGGUGACUCUAAAGAAGAUAUACCAAAUAUACCGAGUCCACCACCACUCGACGAAAACUACUUUAAAAGCCCAACUUUUAUAAAGUCGUAUACUAUUUCUUCUAGGCCAUCAAAAUCUAAGCCAGUUGAAUUUGAAGAAGAAAAUAAACCAAGAGAAAGUGUGAAGUCUAACAAUUCUUUCGACGAUACGCCAAUGGUAUUUGGAAGUGAUAAGCAAUUGCAUUUUAUGUCAAAACUUAACAAUCUGUUUCAGAAUAAAAUGAAAAAUGAAAAUAAAAAUGUAACAGACGAACAAAGGAGGAGAUCAAAUUCUACUGGUGAUCGAGUCGAAAACAACGAAAUUUCUUGGACAAGAGAGAGGCCUUCUAUACCUUCAAACUUAAUGAGAGAUAUAGCAUCUAGAGAAGCAUUACAGAACCUACGACCGAUCGAAAUAGAAGAAAAGAAAUUAGACUCAGAUAGCGAGGAAGAAAAUAGUUUAAGUAGAAAUGAACUUAAAACAAAACUCGAGUCGAUAUUUGCAGCUGGAGGUCCCAAACUAACCAAGUCCCGUACUAUGCAGUCAAACCCACCGACGCCUGAAGAAGCUUAUCAAACAGACACCUCAAGUUCUGAAAGCAUUACAAAAUUACCGCAUAUGGAGAAAAACGACACUCUGAAAAGACAGAAAACUAAAUUUGGUGAGGUGUUAAAUUCUUUUCGACUAACAUUAAAUAAGGACGACGAAGUUUUAUAGUGUCAAUAACCUCUCUUUGAUAGAAAAUACGAUAUUGAUGUCGAUAAUCAUAAGGUUAAUAACACGUUAUUAGAUUGUGAUUGACGUGGCAUUUAUUUAUUUGUAGCAAACAUUUAUAUCAAUUUUGAUAUUCGAACUAUAUUGUCCGGGUUCCGUAUCAAUAUCAAUUUUUUUAUUACUAUCAAGCAAAU